AUGUCGCCGGGGAGGCAGUUCUCUUCGAAAACGGUUCCCGGACCGCUUUCAGAGGGUGGUUCCGGUGUAGGUACACCGGGAAAGGCCGAGGGAGAGACGGAACUGCAACAUGGGGGUGCUGGGAACGGCGAUGGAGCGGAGGCGUGCACGUGGCAACGGCCUGUUCGGCCCAUCAAGAAAUUGCUGGUGGCGAAUCGAGGAGAAAUCGCUGUACGUGUUCACCGCGCAUGCAAAGAACUCGGCAUUACCAGCGUCGGCAUCUACUCCCAGGAAGACUCCCAGGCUCUUCACCGUCAAGUUUUCGACGAGAGUUACCUUGUGGGUCGGGGACUGUCUCCAGUCGCAGCGUACCUCCAUUAUCCAGAUAUCAUCGACGUCGCGCUAAGAUACAAUGUGGACGCCAUUCAUCCUGGCUACGGCUUUCUCUCGGAGAACGCAGAGUUUGCCGCCGCUGUGGAAGACGCGGGGAUCAUGCUGGUCGGGCCUCCUCCGGAAGUGAUUCGUCUCAUGGGCGACAAAGUCGAGGCGCGGUCGACAGCCGAGAAGGCAAACGUCCAGGCAGUCCCUGGGACGAACGAGCCAGUGACGAACUUCGACGAAGCAGCCGAGGUCUGUCGACAAAUCGGCUUUCCCGUCAUGCUCAAAGCUGCGUAUGGCGGCGGCGGCCGGGGCAUGCGAAGAGUCUUCCGCGAAGAUGAGUUGAAGGAGGCCUUUGAGCGCGCCACGAGCGAGGCGAAAGCUGCGUUCGGCAACGGCGCAAUGUUUGUCGAGAAGCUGGUCCAGCACGGCGUCCACAUUGAAGUGCAGAUCAUGGGGGACCACUACGGCCACGUGGUUCACUUGCACGAGCGCGACUGCACCGUCCAGCGGAGACACCAGAAAGUCAUCGAAGUCGCUCCUGCGCCGUUCCUCGCCCCGCGUGUGCGCGAGCGCAUCCUGGCCGAUGCGGUGAAACUGGCGCAGUCUGUGAAUUACCAGAACGCGGGAACCGUCGAGUUUCUUGUCGAGGGCGACGAGCACUACUUCAUCGAAGUAAAUGCGCGACUUCAGGUGGAGCACACGGUGUCUGAGGAGAUCACCGGCGUCGACCUCGUCAAGACGCAAAUCGCUGUGCGCCAGGGCGUCUCGCUUCCUCAGCUCGGCAUCUCCCAAGACUCCAUCAACGCAGCCGUCCGCACGGACCGCAUCACUGGGCACAGAGGCCCCGUCGCCCUCCAGUGUCGAAUCACCACGGAAGACAGCCAAAGAAACUUCCAGCCCUCCACGGGCCGAAUCGACUUGUACCAGCCGUCGACAGGUCCAGGCAUCCGUUUGGACGGUGCAAUCGGAGCCUCGGGCGCAGUGAUAACUCCCUUUUACGACUCACUGCUGGUCAAGCUGAUCUCGAAGGCCCACGACUUCCCGGAAGCUGUAGCUCGGGCGACUCGCGCCCUGCGAGAGACGAAGAUCCGCGGCGUCACCACAAACAUUCCCUUCAUUCUGAAUGUUCUCCAGCACCCCAAGUUCUUGAGCGGCGCGGCAACGACGCGAUUCAUCGACGAGCAACCCGACCUGCUCUUCUACGACCCGCUCGACAUGUCUUCGCAAAACAUCUGCAAGUACCUCGCGACCGUGAUUGUGAACGGGCCCCAAACCCCGCUGGUGAACGCCGAGGCGACGCCUGACAAGACGAGCGCAACGCCGCCGCCGCUGCCUCCCUCUGCGGUAGAACGAGUCUCCAUUCCCGCGGGAGCAGGCAGCCUCGCAGGCGCACCAGAUGACCUCGACCUACGCAUCAUGAACGCCGCGUCCGAGGGCGCCCCGCGAGGCUACAAGACACUGCUGGACGAGGUCGGACCCGAGGGCUUUGCGCGCGUCAUUCGUACAGAGAAGCGCGUGCUCCUAUGCGACACGACUCUGCGCGACGGUCACCAGUCUCUCCUCGCCACACGCAUGCGGACAAUUGACAUGCUCAAAGUUGCGCCCGCCUACGCCCAUCUGCUCCCCUUUCUGUUCUCCCUGGAAAACUGGGGAGGCGCGACCUUCGACGUGGCCUACCGCUUCCUGCGGGAGUCGCCGUGGCGGCGCCUGGAGCUGCUGCGCGAGGCGAUCCCGAACAUUCCGUUUCAGAUGCUGCUUCGAGGCGCCAACGCUGUGGGGUACACAGCCUACCCCGACAACGCAGUCGAGAAGUUCUGCCGAGAGGCGGUCCAGUACGGCAUGGACGUCUUCCGCAUCUUUGACUCCCUCAACUACGUGGAGAACUUGAAGCUCGGGAUACAUGCUGCGGGGGCGGCCGGCGGAGUCGUGGAAGCUGCGAUCGCCUACACGGGGAACGUCGCUGAUCCGGAAAAGAAGCCGUACACUGUUGACUACUACUUGGACCUGGCCUCGCAACUUGUCGCCACGAAUUGCCACAUUCUCUGCGUCAAAGACAUGGCGGGCUUGCUGACGCCUCCAGCGGCGCAGCUUCUGAUUGGCGCUUUGCGACGCGAAUUUCCCGACAUUCCCAUACACGUCCACACGCACGACACUGGCGGGUGUGGUGUCGCGUCCCUGUUGGCAGCAACGGAGGCAGGCGCAGACAUCGUGGACGUUGCGGUCGACUCUCUGUCGGGCCUGACAUCUCAGCCCUGCAUGGGUUCGCUCGUUUCCGCUCUGAAGCACACGGCGCUGGACACAGAGAUGGACUUGCAAAUCCUCUCCCAGUUCUCGGACUACUUUGAGCAGGUCCGGCGCUUCUACGCGCCGUUUGAGGCAACGGCGACCGUCAAGAAUGUCAGCUCCGAGGUUCACGAGCACGAGAUCCCGGGGGGCCAGUACACAAACCUCUACAUGCAGGCGUAUGCCCUCGGCAUGGCUGACAGAUGGCGGGAGAUCAAGCGCGCCUACUGCAUUGCCAACCGUCUCCUUGGCAACCCCCCAAAGGUGACGCCUAGUUCGAAGGUGGUGGGGGACCUGGCGCAGUUUCUCGUGCAGAACAAGUUGGACGAGGAGACAGUUUUGGCGCGUGCUGAAGAGCUCUCCUUUCCUUCCUCCGUGAUUGAGUAUUUUCAAGGGCACAUUGGCCAGCCGCCUUUCGGCUUCCCAGAGCCUCUGCGCACAAAGGCCCUCAAGGGUUUGCCGACGGUUGAAGGACGUCCAGGCGAGAGCCUGGCUCCGAUUGACUGGACUGUGGUCCGCGAGCAACUGGAGAGCACCCACGGCCGAAAGUUCCGAGACUGUGAUUUGGUCAGCAGCGUCCUCUAUCCGGCCGUCUUCGAUGAGUAUCAGCAGUUUCUGAAGAACUUCGGAGACGUCUCCAUGCUGCCGACAGCCGCCUACUUCACUGGGCUCCAACCCGGAGAAUCCGUCACAGUCCACAUGGCUGGGCGAGAAGUCACUGUCAAAUACAUUGCGAAAACACAUGUUUUACCAGACGGCAGUCGCGAUGUUUUCUUCGAAGUCAUGGGACUCCCCCGAGUCGUUAAUGUCAUUGAUUUGAAUGCCAGCCAGGACGUUGUCCGGAAUACGAAGGCAGAUCCGGCGGACCCGAAACAAAUCGCGUCGCCCAUGCCUGGAAACGUUCUUCAAUACAAGGUGAAGGAAGGCCAGGUCAUACGCAAAAACGAUCCUGUCGUUAUCAUCACCGCCAUGAAGAUGGAAACGGUCGUGGUAUCGCCAGUCGCAGGCACCGUGGGAGAUUUCCUUGUGCGCGAAGGAGACCCUGUACAACAGGGUGAUUUGCUAGUCCGCAUUCUGUAG